UGUAUAAGAUUCUCUCCGUGUUACUUACACACCACUUUUGACAUUUUCAGACAGUACGCAACACUCAUGGUCAUGGCGACUUUGAACAAUUCAAACCCUAAUUAACACCCAACAAGAAAUCAACAUUCAUUACCUCUUCAAUUCUUCGAUUCCAGUUGACUUCUUCAUCUCAAUCCUCAAUUCUCCACAGGUAACCUUUCAAUUUCAUCAUUCAAUUCGAUCUUAACACUUCACUAUGUUAAAAGAUAUCGAAAAUUACUCUGCCGAUUGUGGUCAAAACUCUGAAUCCAAGCUCACGCAGCUCACAUCUGACCAAAAUCAAUGGAAUUCAGAUCAUAAAUUAGGGUUUUCUGAUAAGAAUGAUGGUGUUUGUAGAAAUUUGGAGUCAAAGCCCUCGAAAUUAGGGCUUUCUCAGGAGUUGACUUUGAGUUAUCUGUGUGAUAAUUCGAAAUUAGGUCAGAAUCAAUCUGAUUUUGAUAAGUCGAAAGGAAAAUUAGUUGUUUCUGAGGAUAAUACUAAUAAUAAUAAUAAUAACGAUCAGGAUGAGAAUAGGUUCGUGGAGAGGGAUUUUUUGCAGUUGUCGGAGAAUUCGAAUAAACGAGAGGUGGAAGAUGAUGAUAGUUAUGGGAUGGUUAGAGAAAAGAAGCCGAAAUUGGAAACCCUAGAUUUGUCUUUAGCUUUGCCUGAUACUUCGAUGUCGUUGGCUGCGUCGAAUAGGGUUCAGGAUGGGGAUCCGUCAGUGAGUUUGAGGCCGACGAGGAGUUUACAGUCGUUGGGGAGGUCGAAUAGUAAUAAUACGCAAACUACGUUCUCUAAUGAUUUUACGACGGGGUCUAUGUCGUAUUCGUAUUCGCAUCAGUUUUCGCAUAACCCUAGUUGUUCGAUGACUCGAAACUCGACUGAGAAUUAUGAGUACUCGAUGGGGAGUCAUAGGAGAGAUUGUGACCAGAUUUGGAAUGGUGGGGAGGGGACUAAUGGGUCGGUUCAUAGUCGGUUUAGGCCGGUUGGUGAUGGAGGUGUUGCGUUGGUGCAAGCGAAUCGUACUAGUUCUGAUAAUAAUAUGUCGUGUUUUCCAUCGGAACUGCCAGCAAGGAUGAAAAUGGAUAUGCAAUCUGGUGAUUCAAGGGGGAAAGGUUCUGAGAAUACAAAAGGGGUAGAAAGUUUGGAUUUCGGGAGGUCUCGUAAGCUUUCUAGACCCGAGAGAAUUCUUAGAGAAAUUGUAUCGGAGUCUGUUCAAACAAUGGCUCAGAUAACUCAAGAGCUUCCCGAUGAAACAUUUGAAUCCACAAAGGAGUAUUUGAAGAAACUGAUCACGCUUCCUGAAAAGAGAGACGAGUUGGUUGGAUUACAGCUUCGGCUUUUGAGAAGAUCCGAUCUUACUAGUGAAACGCUUUCAAAAGCAAAUAGAAACCAACUUGUACUCUUGGUUUCCAUUAGAAUGGGUCUCGACAGCUUCUUGUCGGUCCGAAAUCCCAUUCCAACAAAUGAACUAAUCGAGAUUUUUUUACUGGAAAGGUGUAAGAACGUGAAUUGCAAAAGAUUAUUACCUGUUGAAGACUGUGACUGCAAGAUUUGCUCUACAAAGAAAGGCUUUUGUAGUGAAUGUAUGUGUCCCGUUUGUCUAAACUUUGACUGUGCGAGCAACACCUGCAGUUGGGUCGGGUGUGAUGUAUGCUCUCAUUGGUGUCACGCAGCCUGUGGCAUUCAGAAGAAUCUAAUAAAGCCCGGUCCAAGCUUGAAGGGGCCUACGGGCACGACGGAGAUGCAGUUUAAUUGUCCUUGUUGUGAUCAUGCUUCUGAAAUGUUUGGGUUCAUUAAGGAUGUUUUCAGGUCGUGUGCAGAACAAUGGGGUUUGGAAACAUUAAUCAAAGAGCUUAAUUGUGUUAGGAAAAUCUUUAGGGGGAGUGGAGACUUUAAGGGGCAAAAGCUUCAUUUGAUGGCUGGCGAGUUGAUAUCGAAACUUGAGAACAAAGUAAUGUCGCCUUCUGACGUAUGUGUCACCAUCCUACAGUUCUUCAAUUCCAUAGAUGCAGGUUUGAUACCCGACUUUCCCAUUUCAAACCCGUCAUUAAAAGAUCCAAUUCCACCAUCAAAACCCCAUCAAACCUCGUUAUACAACACGGGUUCAUCAAGUGGCAGAGCAGACGACAACAGUCUCAAAGCUCUAAACACCAAUAAGAUGGUAAUCGAGGACGAAUGGUCCGUAAAACCAUCCAAAAAAGACGCAUUCGACAGUGUGGAGAGCCUCGUGAGAAUCAAAGAAGCGGAGGCUAGAAUGUUCCAGAACAAAGCUGACGAAGCAAGAAGAGAAGCAGAGGGGUAUACGAGGAUGAUUAGAACGAAGAUCGAGAAACUGGAUGAAGAGUAUACAGUAAAGAUAGCGAAAGUGAAUCUGCAUGAAAGUGAAGAAGAGAGAAAGAAGAAGGCGGAAGAGGUUAAGGUUUCGGAAAAUGAUCAUUGCGAGUACUACAAGAUGAAGAUGAGAAUGCAAGCUGAGAUUGCUGGAUUGUUGGAGAGGAUGGAGAAAACUAAACAGCAAUGGGUGGUGUGAUUUAGACCUUAAUUUUGGGGUCUUUUUUUUUUUGUCUUUUCAGACUCUUUGUUGUUGUUGCAGGCUUGAACAGUGAUGAUUGUAAUCUUGCAGGAUUUGAGGUAUUUUUAAUCUUACUUUCUUCUGUCUUUUUGGGUUUUAACUUGUGAUUCAUUUUUUGUUUGAUUGAUAAAAGGAUUGUUGACAUGUUUGGAUACUUUUGAAUCUGAAAUUAUGUAUUUUGAUGGUUA